ACCGAUUCCCCAAUAUUCCACGGCUCCGCCGCAGACGACGCUUUCGCCACUCAGCCGGCGUUGGAGGCCUUCUCUCCUCCCUCGAUCUACGCCGAAUCGAACGGCCAGGGCUUUGAUGGAGGGUUUGGCAGGUCCGACGAUCCGAUUUUGCCGCCUUCGUCGGCGAUGUUGCCUGGGGAGGGCUUCGUUCUCAGAGAAUGGAGGAGGUAGGGUCUCGAAUUCUGAUUGUUUUCGAUUGGACCGAUAGUUCUGUAUAGCAAUUAAAUUUUGACUCUUAUGUGCAAUUUAGUUGAAAGUUGUUGGUUUUGAUUUGGCUUGAUCUUUCUGUUGCUGAGAAAUUGAGUGGAAGUUGUUGUUUUGAUUUCAGUAACUUUCAAGAAUUGCAUGUGUGGUGAUCAGUAAUCAUCUUUCUGAUAUCAAAUCUUUAUGAAUUUAACGUGCCGAUUGUUCGUAUAAGAAUGUGGAGCUGAAUUCGAAUCGAAAAAAGCCUCAUGAUUGUUGUCAAUUUUUAGUUAUUGACUAUCAGAUCGUCGAUUCGGUCUCCUGAUUCAAUCUCAGUGUGGAGCAGCAAGAAAGAUGAAAAUAGAGGAACUUCUGAAAAUUUCAAUCUCCUGCUUUAUCUCAUUAUGCCCAAACCGAAAAAAGAAGAAGUAAUUGGACCUGUGGACUCAUCCCGAAUCGGCUCGUUUGUAACGGGCCGGGUUAAGUUUGGUUUCAAAAUUCAAAAUCCUUCUACCCGGUCCGGUCCAUCCCGUUACGUUUUAUACGCGUACGGUUUGGUUCCUUCAAAUUUGAGCCCGGCCCGACUCGUGCCCAGCCUUAGUAGGCACCAUUACUUGUGGAAUGUAUAUUCCACGGGUUUCCUUUCCUUGGCGGCUGCAGAUUCGAGUUUUGUGGUUUGGUAGAGGAGAAUGGAAUCUUCUUCAUUUCCAAUUUGUAGGAUUUGUUUGGUUGGAUCUCCAGUGGUUGCAAGAGUUGUUGGUACAUGGUCGGGCGUCGACUGAUUUCCAAGGGUUUUUGGGCUUUCUGUUUGUACGCGCUCAAACUUUGGGUUGGGCUUUUUCGUUUUGGGGUCCAUAUUUCGGUUCUUCGUUUAAUUGUAAUUAGGCCUCUCUUUGUACACGUUUGCUUUGUUGGUACUGAAUUUUUCCUUUGACAACAAAAAAUUAUAAAAAAAAUAAAUAAAUAAAUGCAAGUAGCAGCCCAUUUGCUGGUUUCGUUUACUUUAAUUCUCUCGCUCUCUGUACUCCAAAAAAAAAAGACCGCAGCGAUGCAUUAUUAUUAUUGCAGCUAAUCAGAUUGAUGGUGCAGGUGUGAGCAUAUAUUGCAAGUGGAUUAGAAGACAUUCAAACCUGUAUUUUCUAUGGAGAGGAGGACAAUGCUAUUCUGGUAAGGCGUAGAAUCAACGUAGUUUUGACGGGCAACUACUCUGUUGGAGAGCGUUUAGAAACGGUUACAGUUAUGCUUGGCCGGAACUUACUCUCAGUCAACCUACCUUCUUUGAGAGGUUUUUCAUCAGCAGCAGCUGGUUUUCUUAGAAGUGGAGAUACAUUGAAGCAAAAUAGGGUAUUCACCAAUGAAGAUGUUUUGGAGUACUCAAAAGUGAGUCAUGACUCUAACCCUCUGCAUUUAGAUUCCGAGGCUGCUCGAAAUGCUGGAUUUGAAGAUCAACUGGUUCACGGGAUGCUUGUUGCUGCCCUGUUCCCCAAGAUCAUAUCUUCUCAUUUUCCCGGGGCUAUAUAUGUUUCCCAAAGCUUGCAUUUCAGGUUGCCUGUCUAUAUUGGAGAAGAGAUAGUUGGUGAGGUACAAGCAACUAACAUAAGAGAACAGAAGAACAGAUAUCUAGUGAAAUUCAAGACGGCAUGCUUCAAGAAUGGUGCUACCGCCAUUGACGGUGAGGCUAUGGCCAUCGUGCCUACACUGGCUGCAGAACAAGCGAGUACUUUGGAAUGACAGAAAGUCGGUUCAGGCCUACAACACUGACUUGCUAUGAAAUUAGACACUCAGCAUGUGAAGUUAGCAUGCUGUAAAUCAAUUGAAGCCUUCCAUUUGUUUGUUUGUUUCGUUUAGGCUAAUGAGCCAUCCCAAUUGCUUUUCUUUGAAUAAAAAUCAAUUUUUU